UCCAUCCACUCUUUCAUCAUGCUUCUAUUUUCUUCUGAUUUGCUUAAAGAUGGUCCUUAUUGCUAUUAUUUCGCAUGAAUUGCUGAACUCUGAUUUUGCAGCUGUCGAACCCCCAGCGCUCCCUGCAUAGGGUAGCUCUCUCCAACUUCAUCUCCAGAAACACUCUUUUGACCCCCUUCCUCUCUACGGAUACAGCCUUAGUCAUGGCGACAGGACGCAAGGUCUUCCACUGCGUUGUGGAUGAAACGGCUUUGACGACGAACAUCAGUGAAAUCAAGAAAUGGACUACUAAUGGUGCCGUAACUCUUAUUGUUCCUCUCUACACCCUUGAACGCCUCCAUGCGCUGAAAAGAGCCGGAUCGCAAAUCGCCAUCAAUGCCCGUGAAGCUGUCCGUUUUCUCGACCGCGUAACCUCCGGAAAGGAUAAUCUCCCCGCCGAUACUGUUGUUCUUCAGGGUCCGAUGGAACAAUACGAAAAUUGGGAGGAUGCUGAGAAGUUUUUCCUUCCGGAGUUCGAGGAAGAGCCGGAGGCUACCGGUGGUGUCAUCAAGGAAAAGACACAAUCGCCAUCGAAGAACAAAGCGGACAAGAGGAAAGGCACUCUGAGUAAUGGGGUGGCGCCCGAUGAUCUGUCGCAGAUGCUUCUCAACAAACUGAACUUCAAGAAAGACCCCGAUGCUAUCUCGAUUACUUCCAUGGGCACUCAUAGCGGGCCUGCUUCCCGCCCGUCGUCUAGAAGUUCCCGUACUAGCCCUGAAUGCAGCGGUUCUCAUCUCAUUCCCAAUGGAGAUCACAAGGAAGGAAAAGAGACAAGGGUAAAUGGACAUAAGCGCUCCGCUUCGGGCUCGAUCAUUCCGACGGCUCCGCUGGUGCUGCGACCCUUGUUGAGUGCCAUUCUUUGGCGCCUGCACAGCGGUCCGGAUGCGCAGAACGCGGCGAAGAGCUGUAUUCUGAUUACAAACGACCGUACAACUCAGGUCUGGGCCCAGAAAUUUGGCAUUGGCACCAAAAACAUCCACCAGCUGCGUACCGCUAUUCAAUAUGAAGACCGAGAAUACAAGAACCGUUGCAAGUAUGUCGAAAAAACACAGGCUACUACCACCGUAGCGGAACCAAAAACCCUGCUUUCAUACGACGACAACGAUACCGAUGAAGACGAGCUUGUCUUUGUCCCUCGUGGCCGUGGAAAGAGUACCGGGACAAAAAGUGGAUCCGCUCGGACAAACAACAAUUCGCGCAAGCCCACUGUCGCUAAGCCCGCGCCUCCUCCCAUGGAGCCCACGAUUGAAAUUCCGACGCAGCCGAUUGAUCCAGAUUCUUUCAGUCGAUCUCUGGGGGUAUCCAACAAGCAGCCCAUUGACCUCAGCACGCAGUCUGGGGCAGCGCGUGGCCUUGCCGGUGCCUCUCGCCGGUAUGCCUCCGGACGUCGUGGGGGCCCCCGUAACCCAUCUCGCGGCAACGGCCGUGGUCGUGGUAAACUUUGGGUUCCUUGAAGGCAUCUAGUGUUCGUUGGUCGGUAAUUCCAACGAAUUGACUCUCUCUUUUUCUUUUCUUGCAGUUUCCUGAACUAGGAUGGCAAGCUCGUUUUCGAGCAGGAAAACGAGGUCUGUUUUCCCGGACUGCCUUGUUUAUCGGACCUGUCUUGUUCGAAUCAGUUGACGGCAACGGGUGAAUUCGAAUCGGCCCCUAGGACAAAAACGGGUUUGAAUUUGCGAGUACUGGCAGACGGACCGUGACGAGCGUUUUGGAGCUCAGAGUUAAUGCUAGGCGUGAAACAUUCCCGAUUUAACUAUGACUGGCCUGUAAUGAAAUCCAAAGGACAACCCCGGAGGAAAACUCGGACAUGCUCAUUCCGAUUGUUUGCAAGACUGCCCUCUCCUUUAUGAGACUGAGGCGAUUUUUCAUUUCGAUUUGACUUGUGCUCGAGGCGCUUUGGGGAGGACCGAUGGUUUCAGGGAGCGAUGCAUGAGGACACCCUUCUGAAGGGAGCGAGAAUGCUUUUGUUAUCGACUAUCCGUGUUUCCGCCACAAAAAGAAAAACCCAAAAAAAGACCACGAAAGAGAAAAAAAAAAGCAAAAGGAAAUCGAAGAAAUUACCUUCAAUAUCAAUGAUAUUUUCCGUCCAGAUUGCUUUACAGGAUCGUGUCGUGUAAUGCAAAUGGGAAGGAGAGAGUUGACUAUUUACCCAGAAUGUAUUUGCAGAACGAAGGGACAUAUUGCUAAUAUGAUUGCUUUCUUACUACAAUAAUAAAUCUGUCUGCAUAUUUAAAUACUACCACCUA